GAAGAAUGUGUGAUUUGGGAGCUCAGUUUCAUGUUUCCUCCUGUUUUCAGAUGUGCCGGUGUCUUCUGCUCUGCAAACAUAAACCCAGUCAAAUAUCUGAGCACUGAGGCCAGCGCUCCUCCAAAGAGACCUAUUAAUGGAUACUUAAGAUAUGUCCAUCAACAGCAGCCGCUCAUAGCGAGUCGACAUCCAGAGAUGAAAUUAGUGGACAUCAUCAGGAAACUUGCCCAGGAGUGGAGAACGAUGAGCCCAGAGCAGAAAGAGCCUUUUCAAAAGACGUUUCUCCUGGACAUGGAGCAGUACAAGUUGGACGUCCAGAAGUUCAAGGCCCAGCUGAGCCCAGCACAGCUGCAGGAGCUGGCCACUGAGAAACAGAUGAGGCUGAAGAAGAAGAAGGCCACCAAAAGGAAGAUAGCAAAAGUGACGUCUCUGGUGGAAGAUUGGAAGAAUCUGUCGAGUCACGAUAAAAAGGUGUACGAACAACUAGCUGAGGAUGACAAAAUCCGUUACAAGAAUGAGAUGGAGUCGUGGGAGAAACAAAUGGUGGAGAUUGGACGAGAAGAUGUGCUCCGGGUGUUAAAAAAGAAAAAGUCUUGUGCUGAAGCUCCCAAAGUCAAAAAACUAAAAAAGUCCAAGUCCAAAUCAGCGCAGAGGACCACAGCUGGAAAGGUAGCAGGAAAACGCUCAGCAAAAUCUGUUUCCACCGAGAAGAUAUAAACAGGUUUAUCAAGGAGUUGAGAUGAAUGUUUGUGACAUCUGAAGAGUUCGGAUGAUGCACAAUUAUGUUUUCUUUUUUAUAUCCCACUUUUUUAUACAUAGUUCCUUGAUAGUGUCUAAUUUCUGCAGGGCAAAACUCGCAGUGUAAAAACUGACUAGUAUUUCGUUUGUCUGUACAAGAACAAUUACGACAAAUAAAGCUUGACUGAUAUAUUUUGACACAAUGUGAGUUUAUCUCUGUGCAUUUAUAAACAUCGCUUUUUUGUGUUUAAUCCAUGGCAUAAAGCAGAAUCUGACUUCGGGGUUAAAAACAUGAAAUCAUCCGUCCAGCAAACCCUAACUUUAGUUGUCUGCAAUGUUAAAGAAUCAUAAACCUGAACUAUUUGUUUCAGUAAUAAUGUGAAGAUUGACUUGUUCUGUAUUUGUUGUUAAUUCAAGUAAAUUCUCCAGAACCUACA